GGCCUUUUCCCUUCAGAAUGAGAAGCAGCUGCGAAGUUGAACCAGGCCAAGCUUCCAGCUAAACAGCGUUUGUUUGUCUUUGUUCAUUCUUUUAAUGAUUGUAGUUGUACAAUGUGAAGUACGAGAGCUCACAAAUUUAUGGGUUUUUUGUUCCCAAUCCCAAUGUCCAAAACACUACCAUUUCUCUUCUUGCAUCUUUUGCCGCCUUCUCCAUUAAAAUUUCUCCUCCCUCCUUCUCUCUGUCUCUCUGCUAAGCUUCUUCUUAAUCCACUAUGAACCAGAAAGCAAAAUUCAAGAAUUCAUAUUUACCAUAAAGCACCAUGUACCUAAUCAUCCAAGUUUCUAAGAUUGUCCUUCUGUUUAUUCAUUAUGUACAGAACAUUAAAAGAUCCAUCUUUGCCUUGCUCUCUUGCUUGCCCACUUCUCUUCUUGCUCUUAUUUUGUUUCUCCUUUUGGUCUAUAAUGGCUCCUCUGUGUUCCACAUUCGCCUUCCAAUUCCCGUCAAUUCCCAGCCGGAGCAUGUUAAUUUUUCACCGGAAAAUCGCACGGGAAAAUCUUUUAAGAAGCUUUCUUCUUCACUGAUGUAUGCAGUAAAAGAAGAUAAUCCACCAGUCAUUUUGAAGACACAGUUACCCCUUUUGCCAAAACCACCCAUUUCAAUGAUACCCAUUAACUAUUCUUCGGUUUUAAGGCCAAAGAAUGUGCACAAAUACAGAGCUGUGAUCAAAGUUCUGCGAUAUGGAGCCAAAUCAAAGCGGUUUUCGACAAGAAUAAGGACCUUCUUUGGGAGUACUCUAUGUAAGGUUCGGUUCUUUAUGACUUGGAUUUCUUCUUUGGAGUCAUUUGGUGAUAGAGAGUUGUUUGCUAUAGAGAGUUUAUUCAAGUUUCACCCAAAUGCUUGUUUGGUUAUUGUUUCCAAUUCCAUGGAUUCUAAAAAGGGGAGCCUUUUCUUAAGGCCAUUUUUGGACAAAGGGUUCAAAGUAAUUGCAAUUAAGCCUAAUUUUGAUUAUAUAUUCAAGAAUACUCAUGCAGAGUCAUGGUUUAAUGAAUUAAACAAAGGGGAUGUUGAUCCCGGAGAGGUUUCUUUGGGUCAAAAUCUCUCCAAUUUGCUUAGGCUUGCCUUAUUGUAUAAAUUUGGUGGUAUUUAUGUAGACACAGAUGUUAUAGUGUUGAAGAGCUUUGGUAAACUGAGGAAUGUCAUAGGAGCACAAACGAUUGAUCUUGAAACUGGGAAUUGGAGCAGAUUGAAUAAUGCAGUGUUGAUUUUUGAUAAGAAGCAUCCUUUACUCUUCAAGUUCAUUGAAGAAUUUGCACUCACAUUCAAUGGAAACAAGUGGGGUCAUAAUGGUCCUUAUCUAGUUUCCAGAGUUGUUUCAAGGGUCUAUGGCAGGCCUGGGAUUAAUUUCACUGUGUUGCCCCCAUCUGCAUUUUAUCCAGUGAAUUGGAGCAGAAUUAGAAGUCUGUUUAGGGGGCCAGGAGAUAAGCUACACUCAAAAUGGUUGCACAGAAAGCUUGAGCAGAUAAGAAGUGAAAGUUUAGCUGUCCACCUCUGGAACAAGCAGAGUAGAAAGAUUAAAGUUGAAAAUGGAAGCAUCAUCAAUCAUAUAAUGCUGGAUUCUUGUAUUUUCUGUAAUUCUUCAAGUUUGAAUUUGUUACAAUACAAUAAAAAAUGAAAAUUGCCAAUUGCCCUUUUAUGUUUCUGUAUUCUAUUUUGGGUUAUGGGCAAACUCAGUCCAUUCCUUCAUUGUAGUGUUGAAGGAAGAAAGAAAGAAAGAAAAAGGAGAAUCCUUUUCUCUUCCACCCUCAAUCAAUUGGGCAUAUGUAAUGACAUUUUUGGGUUGUUUCUUUUGAUA